GCCAUCCGGCCCAGAAAACCUGAACCCAUCAUUCCUCGUCAGCCCAUCUUCGCUUUUUUCCCACAAUUAAUUACGAACCAUGGGAGAGGCGGUUGCGGACACGUCAGCUUUCACCCAAGCAGCGGAGCACCGCCCCAAACUCACCGCGCCGGAAGCUGAAGGCGUUCCCCUCAUCGACCUCUCCGCCCUCCCGGAGGCUGCCGGCGCCGGAGAUAACCUCCAUCCGUCGUCGGCUCUUGACGAUCUGGCGGCGGCCGUCGGGGACGCGUGCAAGAGCUGGGGGUUCUUCCAGGUGGUCAACCACGGGGUGCCGCCGGGGACGCGGCGGAGGAUGGAGGAGGCUUCGAGAAGGUUCUUCGCGCAGUCCAAGGAGGAGAAGGGGAAGGUGAGGCGGGACGAGGUGAAUCCGUACGGGUACUACGACACGGAGCACACCAAGAAUGUCCGGGACUGGAAGGAAGUGUUCGAUUUCACCGUCCAAAACCCGACUUUCAUUCCGGUUUCGCCGGAGCCUGACGAUGAUGCUCUCAAGGAGUUGAAGAACCAGUGGCCGGAUUUCCCCCCAGAAUUCAGGGAGGCAUGCGAAGAGUAUGCGGGAGAAGUACAAAAGCUGGCUUACAAGCUGUUGGGACUCAUCUCCCUCAGCUUAGGGCUGCCCGAGAAUCGACUGAAUGGGUUCUUCAACAAGGACCAGACAAGUUUCGUGAGGCUGAACCACUACCCGCCCUGCCCUAUCCCUCACCUGGCUCUCGGGGUGGGCCCGCACAAAGACGCCGGGGCGUUGACCGUCCUGGCUCAGGACGACGUCGGCGGCCUUGAAGUGAGACGCAAAACCGACGGGGAAUGGGUUUUCGUCAAGCCCACCCCCGAUGCUUUUAUCAUCAAUGUUGGCGACAUUAUUCAAGUGUGGAGCAACGACAAGUACGAGAGCGUGGAUCACAGGGUGAAGGUGAACCCCGAGAGAGAGCGGUUUUCGAUCCCUUUCUUCCUCAACCCGGCGCACUAUACUCUGGUGGAGCCGUUGUCCGAGCUACUGAGCUCGGACAACCCUACAAAGUAUAAAGCGUACAACUGGGGAAAGUUUUACACCACCCGGAAGACCAGCAAUUUCAAGAAGCUUGGUGUUGAAAACAUCCAAAUUUACCACUUCAGAGUUUGAUCAUCAACUCUACUGUAAUAAGCAUAGUUAGUGUCCCACGUACUGUUAUUAUUUACACAUAAAAAAAAUAAACAAACAAAUAAAUAAGGGACGACAUUUCUUUCUUUAAUUAAAUAAUCAAAUGGUGUUUUUUUAUUUAUGUUUCUGUCCUCUUAUUGUGUAAUUAUUAUGUCACACUUUGAAGUUUAUUUAUGCAAAUGGAAGAAAAAAAUAUGAACUACAUAC